GAUAUCCGGUUGUACCGGAAGUCAGGUUGUCUCCAUUCUAGAUAAGUGUACAUUCCCUUUCUUACAAUGCAUUAGCAACAAACCAUAUCAUUUAGCAAUUAAUGUGUUACAAGGACGGUGUUCUUCUAGACCAGUCGCUGCACUGUUGUGUGUUGAAUAAUAUGAAUUUAAAUGUGGCGUGUUAGUUCAUCUGUAAUCUAGAUGAAGUCUGAGUUUUGUUGAUAGCUACCGGCUAGCGCGUUAGCUGCAAAGCCACCACCUGUCAUUCAGCACAGCUCGUUGAAGUCUGUUUAUGUGAAAUAAAUAGGACUUGAAGCCAAAAGAGAACUGUCAGUUUGUUUCAGCAGAGUUAACCGGUUGACUCCGUGCCUAAAUGCCCGAACAAGGUCCCAGGAUGAAUGGGUUUUCUCUCGGUGAACUAUGCUGGCUGUUCUGUUGUCCGCCCUGUCCCAGUCGCAUCGCGGCCAAGCUAGCUUUCCUCCCCCCGGAGCCGACGUACUCUGUGCACACCGACGCUAACGGGGUAUCUAGCUUACAUUUGACCGAGCGGGCAGACUGGCAAUACUCCCAGCGAGAGCUCGAUGCAGUGGAAGUUUUUACCACCAGAAGCAGCCGGGGGAACCGGGUCGGGUGCAUGUUUGUGCGUUGCGCCCCGAACAGUCGGUACACCCUGCUGUUUUCCCACGGCAACGCCGUGGACCUGGGACAGAUGUGCAGUUUUUACAUCGGCCUCGGCUCCAGGAUCAACUGCAACGUCUUCUCCUACGAUUACUCAGGCUACGGAGUCAGCACUGGCAAGCCUUCUGAGAAGAACCUGUAUGCGGACAUCGAGGCAGCCUGGCAGGUCCUGAGAAACAAGUAUGGUGUAACACCUGAGAACAUCAUUCUGUAUGGCCAGAGCAUUGGAACUGUGCCCACCAUUGACCUGGCUGCUCGCUAUGAAUGUGCCGCUGUCAUCCUACACUCACCUCUCAUGUCAGGGUUACGGGUGGCCUUCCCUGAUACACGGAAGACCUACUGCUUUGAUGCCUUCCCCAGUAUUGACAAGGUGUCCAAGGUGGCGUCCCCAGUGCUGGUGAUCCAUGGUACGGAGGACGAGGUGAUCGACUUCUCCCAUGGCCUGGCCAUGUACGAGCGCUGUCCCCGUGCUGUAGAGCCCUUGUGGGUCGAGGGAGCCGGCCACAACGACAUUGAACUGUACGCACAGUACCUGGAGAGACUCAAGCAGUUUAUCUCCUUCGAGCUUCCCACCUCCUGAGGGAAGCUCAGCACCCAGGCCGGGGUUCAUCUCAACACACUCAAGAAGCCUCCUCCUUAUCAUCUUCCACCUUCCUCUGUUGGCACGGGAGCAGGACUGGAGUAAACUGGUCACGCUGUUCUCCCUCGAUCUUGGGGGGCCAUUUCAGGGUGGGAAUGUGUAGUGGACUGGAAGAGGAGGUGGAUUUAAAUUGUUGAGGUGAAGCCAAAGGUAAGGCCAGUACUGGCCAGGCGUUAAGCUUAGGCUUAACAUGUAGUGUCCUCGACACCUGGCUGUGGACGCAGUUUGCCAGUAAACCCAGGCCUAGAUGGUCUUUGAACUCGCUGCUCAAUCUGGACUCAUUUCCCACUCCAGCUCCUCCUCUACUCACUCCAUCUCCCGCAUCUUUUCUGUGUCUGUCAUAUCCUUGUUCUUCCUUCUGUUUUUCCCAUGAUCCCUGCUUUUCUUUUGAUUGACAGUCUUUGCAAUGUUCAAGCUUGAUUUUCAUAUUCUUUUAUACCAGGUGAAGAAGUAUCAAUUUUGCACCUCAAGAUGCAAUUGAAGUUUUUUACUUUCUGUAUUUUUAAGUUACUCUUCAGGGUUGAUUAAACAAUUGCACUUUUAAUGUGCAGAUAUUUUCAGGAAAUGAUUUGUUCUGUGCUCGGAUAUGUAUAUGUUGAUUCAUUUUGUUAUUGGCAUUCCAUGUUUUUCUUAAUUGCAAGUAGAAGGUAUUUUGUUUAUUUUUAAAUUUUUUUUCAAUGGGGAUGUGUGUUUGUGUGUUUGUGUGUGUUUAAAAGUUGUUAACCAGAGUGUGCCCCUGCACAUUGGGCCUCUUACACACGGAUCCAAUGAUUCAUUCAUUGAGAAUUUGUCAAUUUACAGUAUGUCUCCCUCUGUGGCAAAACAUGGUUACUGCUGGUAUAUUCAGCAUUUACUUCAGUGCUUUAGUAAAAUUGUUUUGGCUGUUCACAAAAAUUGCACAAACCACACAAUGAAAGGCAGCUGUAAAGAGCGGUGUGACCCUUAAGUGUUUAUUAAAAUACAUCGUGAUUGGUGGAUCAUCUGCUGCAGAAUGUAAUGCUGAAUUUAUCAAAGGACCUAAAUUGUUUGUACUAAACACAUCAUAAAGUAAACUGAUUUUAUCAACCUAUGCUGCAGAAUACAAACACAUCUUGACAUCCCAGUAUCUGGUUAAGCCAUUGUCAAAAAAGUCAUAUUGCUCCAUAACCCACAGUGUAAUUAGGACAGGUCAUUUGUGUACGCAUCAAACUUCUCACUUAUAGUAUCUGUAAAUUGUGUCACACCUGGUGUGUACAUUUGCCACUAAGCAACUCGGCAAAGAAUAACUCAAAUGCUGGGUAAUACAGAAGCUUACCUCAAUAGAAGAGAGAACAGCAGGUAUCGGGGCUAUGCUUUUAUAAACUGGAGAUCAUGUGGUAAUAAGACUUGACAACUGUUUCAAACAGAAACACGCUAGACUCACACUGUAAUCUAGAGCCAGGGAGCAUGGUGCUGGGUUGCAGACAGAAGACAUUGAACUGUGAACUCUGCUGCAUGUGAAGGUAUUCAAGGUGAACAUGCUGUUGCUCGGUUUGGGUAUGUACUUAAUAUAUCAUUUCACACUGCAAAUAAAGCCUUAUGUAUGUAGACAUUUCAUCCAGUCCUGUCGACUACAGCAGGCUCUCGUGGUCUUCAGAGGGACUGAUAACUGCUGCUAUUCAUCAGAGGAAUCGAUCGAUCACUUUGAAAGCCGGACAGCUGGGGAAAACUGAAAUGACAGCAAGGUACAAAAACCAAAUUCAGCUUGAUCACUGUCAUCUCGUUUUGUCAGCCAUGUGUUCCUGCUUGCAGUAGGACAGGAAUCAGCAAAGGAUGUCUUCUUUCACCAAUGCUGCUGUCUCCUGAGCUCCUUUGCUCUUUUCCCAGCUCAAACUCCAAAGACAUCCUCAAAGGGGAAAUGGAAUGCUGUGGAAAAGUAAGCAACGCAUGCAAAUCACCUCUCAUACUUGUCGACAUUUCAACUUGUAUCAACUGUAUUUGAAUCAUGUGUUCUGCUCUCCCUGCAAAUGAAAAAAAGGACAACACUAACAAAUGAAGUCAAACACUAUCACAUUGAAGUAAAUGGUGAAAAUGUUUUCAGAGAAGGAUUGUGUUUGAGGGGUAUUUGCAUAGCAACUUGUGAUGAUUGUUUGAUUCAUCCGUGUAUUGCUGUGAAGUGGUUUGUUGGUUGGGUAUUAGUGUUUUUUGAUUAUAGCUAAUGGGCUGAUGUUUUUGGAUAUUAGGCCCAUGAUCAGCUCUAGUACAUUUCCUCUAGUUCUUCUUUUUAACGGAAAUGAAGACCCUGCUUUAGUGAUUAUUGUUUUGAUACUGACAUUUUUACGAGGUUUUCCAGUCUAAAUGUUGAUAGAUUUACACUCUCCCUGAAGCUGGUUUGUUUGAUAAUCCUCUGUAAUGUUAUACUUCAAUAUCUUCUCUAUACAUAAUAGCCCUUAGAUAGGGCAGUCUAAUCUCAUUGAUUUUAACACUGGAAUUAUGAUAUGCAAAUGAAAGGCAGAUGAAGCUUGUAGAAUCAGAUUUUGGUAAUAGUGUGUAAAACAGAAUAAAUAAGCCUUAAACAUGCUGUGAAACAGAUUGUCAAAUGUGGUGGUGGUUGCAAAAAAGCAGCACAAUGGAUGUUUUAAUGCAUAUAACGGAAUAAAGGAUGCAUGAAA